AAUCGCGCCUCAUAUUUUGACGGAAAGCUGUCAACAACUAGUCCAGGAGGGAGGAAGUUCCUGUUUGAAUAGUAACUCGAUAUUGGUUACGUUUUUAUUGCUCUCUGUAAUAAGUUUGCUUUCUUAGAUUUGCAGUUGUAUUUAAACUGCCAACGACAUGGACUGAUGGAGAGUAAACUUGUGGCUGCGAGCUGGUAUCAAAGUUAGCUGGCUAGCUGGGCUAGCCUCACUCUGCUCCUACGGACUCAUUAAUUUUUAUUGCUAACACAACAUCACAGCCCUGGUCUGGAUAGCAGGGUUAGUUAUAGUUCGUUUAAAAUCCUUGUCCUGUUGGACGUUAAUCUGGACGUGAACAGACCAUCCAGGCGCCAGCAUGGAUCCCUUCGACAAUAUCAACAACGACCAUGCCUCUCUUCCCAGGAACAUGAUAGAGAACAGCAUGUUUGAGGAGGAGCCAGAUGUUGUGGACCUGGCCAAAGACUCUGCUGCAUUCCCGGCAUUUCCUGCUCUGGAGCCGGAGGAGGUGGUGUACGAGCCCCGCAGCUCCCGGCUGCUGGUGCGCGGGCUGGGGGAGGCAGAGCUAGAUGACGAGGAGGAGGACUACGAGUCAUCGGCCCGCCUCCUGGGCAUGUCCUUCAUGAACCGUAGCUCCGCCCUCCGGGCUAGCUCCUCCCCCUACACAAGACAAGCGCUGCCCAGGUCGUGCUCCCGGCCCUCAGGUCGUACCGUGGUGGUAUGUGUGUUCAUCCUGGUGCUGCUGGUGUCCAUAUCCAUGGUGCUCUACCUCCUGCCAGGAUGCACCUUCACCAAGGCUGGUUGUCAUAAGUCCAACUCCUCCACUCCCAUGGAACUGGUGUUUCCGAAGGCGACCAAUGGGAAGCUGUUUCCCUGGACAGAGCGCCGCCUCCCAGCCAGUGUGCGACCUCUGAACUACGACCUCUCUCUGACCCCUAACCUCACCACCAUGACCUUCACCGGGCACGUCGUCAUCACCAUGGCGAUACAGCACGACACCAAGCGCAUCGUCCUGCACAGUGCAACUCUCAACAUCACAAAGGCAACCUUCAAGCUGGGUGGGGUGGAGGCGAUGCAGGUGGAGGUGCUGGAGUACCCUGCCUGGCAGCAGAUCGCCGUGUCCUUCCCUGAGGCGCUCCGGGCUGGACAGACCUGUGAGCUGAGCCUGGGCUUCUCCUCCAGCCUGUCCCACGCCUACGACGGCCUCUACAACAGCUCCUACACUGACCAAUCAGGAGCCAGGAGGGUCCUAGCUGCCACCCAGUUUGAGCCCCUGGCAGCCAGGAAAGCCUUCCCCUGUUUUGACGAGCCCUCGUUCAAAGCCACCUUCCUGAUCCGCGUCAUCCGAGAGCCAGGAUACAUCUCCCUCUCCAACAUGCCCAAGAGUAAGACCAGCGUGCUGUCGGGAGGGCUGCAGGAGGAUGAGUUUGAGAGGAGCAUGAACAUGAGCUCCUACCUAGUGGCCGUGAUCGUGGCUGACUUCACCUGCGUGUCCCGCAACGUCUCCAACACGCUGGUGUCGGUCUACUCUGUUCCUGAUAAGAAGGAACAAACACACUUCGCUCUGGACACAGCCUCCAGCCUGCUGCUGUUCUACAAUUCCUUCUUCGACAUCAACUACCCUCUGAAGAAGCUAGACCUGGUAGCUAUCCCAGACUUCCUGGCAGGGGCGAUGGAGAACUGGGGCCUGAUCACCUUCAGGGAGACCAGCCUGCUGGUGAGGAACCAGUCCUCUCCUCUGGACAAGCAGCUGGUCGCUUCCGUCAUCGCCCAUGAGUUGGCUCACCAGUGGUUUGGUAACCUGGUAACCAUGCGCUGGUGGAACGACCUGUGGCUGAACGAGGGCUUCGCUACGUACAUGCAGUACCUCUCCCUGGACAGACAGCUCCCCCAGCUGGACGCUGGUAACGUGUUCCUGAAGGUUCGAUUGGAGGCCAUGGCGAAGGACGCUCUAAACUCCUCCCACCCCGUGUCCACCCAGGUGACCUCACCUGAGCAGGUGGAGGAGAUGUUCGACUCGGUCUCCUACGAGAAGGGCGCCUCCAUCCUGCUAAUGCUGAACGCCAGCAUGCCGGAUGGUCAGUUCCGAAAGGGCAUCAUCCAGUACCUGUCCCGCUACAGCGGCUCCAACACUGUCACCGACGACCUCUGGAACAGCCUCACACAGGCUCAGGUCCCCGCCCCCUCCGAGAGCGUGUCGGCCAUGAUGAACACCUGGACGCUCCAGAAAGGCUUCCCAUUGGUCACAGCCACCCUGCAGGGACGUAAUCUGACCUUCACACAGGAACACUUCCUGCUGUCUGCAGACAACAGCACACAAACCUCCAGCCUCUGGCACAUCCCCAUCACCUACGUCAGUGACAACUGUAGCUCCGCCCCCAGCUGCAGUAACAUGUUCAUGCUGAAGAACAAGACAGCCACGGUGGAGCUGCCCUCCAGUGCGUUGUGGGUGAAGCUGAACUACAGGAACACAGGCUUCUACAUGGUGCAGUAUGGAGACCAAGGCUGGGCCCGCCUCACCCACGCCCUGAGCGCCAACAUCAGCACUCUCACUGACCAGGACCGCGCCUCGCUCAUACACAACAUCUUCGCCCUGUCCAGACUGGGCCGUGUGACAUUCCGGCAGGUUCUCAGCCUGAUGAGCUACGUGAUCAAUGAGACGGAGACGGCGCCCGUGCUGGAGGGCCUGUCUCAGCUGAGCACGGUGUACCACCUGCUGGACAAGAGGCAGGAGCAGGGGCUGGCCUCCCGCAUGAAGGGGUACAUCCUGGAAGUGUUCAGGCCGGUGAUGGAUGGACAGGGCUGGGGGGAGGAGGUGAGCGUGUCCAGGCAGGAGCAGCGCUCCGCCCUGCUGGAGGCUGCCUGCGCCCUGGGCCUCCAGAACUGCACCCAGCAGGCUCUGCUGCUGUUCAACCAGUACAGCGCCCCCAACAGCACCACCCGUAUCCCGGGGGACCUGCAGGGGGUGGUGUACCGCGCGGGCGCCCAGACGGAUGCAGGCUGGGACUUCCUGCUGCAGGCCUACGGACACGCCUCCGACGCCGCUGAGAAACGCAGGCUGCUGAGGGCCCUCGCCUCCACCCAGGACGCCCGCCGCAUCGUCUGGGUUCUGAGGGCGGGGCUACUGGGCCAGGAUAUUCAGACACAAGAGCUGCCAUUGGUCGUCAGCGCUGUGAGUGACGGCUUCGCCGGCCACCUGUUCGCCUGGGACUUUGUCCAGCAGAACUGGGACCAGCUCUUAGAGAAGUUUCCUGUUGGUUCUUAUGCCAUCCAGAGCAUCAUCAAAUCUACCACCUCCCAGUUCUCUACACAGGCACAUCUAGAGCAGGUCCAAGCCUUCUUCUCCAGUCUGAAGCAGAAAGGCUCCCAGAUGAGGAGUGUGUUGGAGGCGACAGAGACCAUCAGACUGAACCAGCGCUGGGUGGACCGUAUUCUCCCCACACUGCAGCGCUGGCUGUAACACACACACAGACACCGAUACACACACACACACACACACACAUACACACACACACAGAUACACACACACACAGAUACACACACACACACACAGUGGCCUGUUCUGACGGCAGGAGUGUUUGCACUAUUGUCCAAUCAGACUCCAGCUCACGACGUCGCCUGUCAUUUAGGCCACUCCCCCUGUGCGUUUGGUGCAAUCACUGUACAGACCCCCCCCACUCCCCCCCAGGGCCUUGUACAGUUGUAAUUAAGAUGUAAAUACUCUUUACCUGCUUCUUAUUGUCUGUGUUGGUUUUUCUCUUCUGUUAAAGGUAGCUUUCUUCUUUGUGUGUUUUGAACAUAGUGUGUUGAUGACGGGAGAUCCUGGCCCUGCUCUGAGCGCAGGGCUGCUUUAAUGAAUGUGUGCUCUAGAAGGGCAAAGGUGUGUGUUUCUGAACCAGGAGAGCCUUCUAGCUGUCGGCUAGCCUGUCAUGUUGCUACGUGGAUGAAAAGCUUGAAAUGAUUAUCACUGGCGUAUGAAGGUACACAAUGAAUUAUGAAUGUACAGAUCUUCCCUUUCCCCUGAACUCAGUUGGAGUUUAGCUUUGAGCCAAGCUCAGGUUGGCCUGUCCAAACACUUAUCUGUCCAACUAACUCCUCGCCUAGCAACCCUCCCUUCUCCUAGCAACCCCCACCCCCCCAAAAGGUUUCGACCAGAUCAAAGGUCAAACUCUACCACUCUCCUCCACCUGUGAUUGGCUGGAUGGGACGUCGGCCAUCUUGCUCCAGCGUGGUGUACUAGACUCCAGCUGUCCGAGCCGCUCGCAGGUGUGUGUUCAGGUGUGUGUUCAGGUACAGAACCAGGCCCUCUGUCUCUCCCUGCCGGCGCAAGUUCCAACGUGUGUGCUUUAGUUAUUGUAACAGGUCUGGGGAUUCAGAGAGGCGUUCAUGGGGGUUGGUUUGACAGUAUGGAGGUGAAUGUUGUAGCUGUGGUGUACUCCUGCUGUAGCUGUCUGUCUGGAUCAUGUGAGGACAGAUGGGGCCAGAGGACCUGUCUGUCUGUAUCAUGUGAGGAGAGACAGGAGGCCAGAGGACCUGUCUCUCUGCUCUGUAUCAUGUGAGGACAGACGGGGUCAGAGGACCUGUCUCUCUGCUCUGUAUCAUGUGAGGAGAGACGGGGUCAGAGGACCUGUCUCUCUGCUCUGUAUCAUGUGAGGAGAGACGGGGUCAGAGGACCUGUCUCUGCUCUGUAUCAUGUGAGGACAGACAGGAGGCCAGAGGACCUGUCUCUCUGCUCUGGAUGGCACUGCAGCAGGGCUUGAAUCGUCCUCACUCCUCAUGUCAACACAAAUAUGAAAUAAAGUUGUUUUUUUUCUGAUCU